AUGUCCCUGCUCCGACUCGGCCAAGCGCUGCGAUCACCCCGUGCAUCCCUUCUCUCGUCCUCCACCUCGCUCGCGUCGACUCGCGUUCUCGCAAGUCCGUCAUCGAUCGCUCGGCUCGGUCUUCUCCAUCGCUCGCUUACCACAGAGGCCAGGCAGAAGAUUGACAAUGUACGCCCCAGAGUUGACAAGGCUUGACUCUGUUCGAUCGCACUCGCACUCGCACUCACCCCCCCCCCUCUUGCACCACCCCUACGCCACAGGUCGUGCAAUCCAACCCGCUCGUGCUCUUCAUGAAAGGUACCCCCGACAUGCCCCAAUGCGGCUUCUCCCGCGCGGUCGUACAAAUCCUCCAAGUGCAAGGCGUCGACUUGAGCAAGAUCAAGGCGUUCAAUUGCCUCGAGGACCAGGAGUUGAGGGAAGGGAUCAAGGUCUAUUCGUACGUUCCAUCGCCGAGGGAAACGCGCGCGAACAGCAGCCAUUCCCUCCGAGCUGAUCUUUCCCGUGCACCUUCGGUCGUUCCAUAGCGAGUGGCCCACGAUCCCUCAGCUGUACGUCAAGGGCGAAUUCGUCGGAGGCUGCGACAUCGUGCUCGGCAUGCACCAAUCGGGCGAAUUGGAGAAACUUUUGGCCGAACACAACCUCGUCGACGAACCCUUACCAACACAGGGGGCUUGA